AGGGAAGAGCUCUGGUCACUUCCACAGCCUGCUGAAGGACAAGGAGAAAUUUCUAAUCUUCCUAAAAAGAAAAGAGAUGAUCCUGCCAGUUGUGUUCCUGUGUCUCACAGCUGUGGUGCCUCCAUCCACUGGACAGGAACUGACAGGUCUGGAUGCUCUGUCAACUAGCAGAGCUGAUCAGCAACAGCUGAUUGUUGACAAGCAUAAUGCCCUCAGGAGAGCUGUAAAUCCACCUGCCAGAAACAUGAUGAAGAUGGAAUGGAAUACUGCAGCUGCAGAGAAUGCUCGAGAAUGGGCCAAUCAAUGUACCUUACGUCACAGCACUGCUGCCAUGAGGGCGACCGGUAAGCCAACUAAAUAAUACAAACGAUGUGGUGAAAAUCUCUACAUGUCAACUGCUCCUUCCUCCUGGUCACGAGCUAUAGAUGCCUGGUACAAUGAGGAAAAAAAUUUUGAAUAUGGGACUGGAGCAAACCCAGAAGGUUCUGUGAUUGGCCAUUACACCCAGGUGGUUUGGUACAAUUCUUAUGAAGUUGGAUGUGCUAUUGCUUACUGUCCCAAUAAAAAAUUCAAAUAUUAUUAUGUCUGCCACUACUGCCCUGCGGGGAAUCUGAGACAUUUAAUUCCAACACCCUACAAGAAGGGAGAACCCUGUGGUGAUUGCCCUAAUGCUUGUGAAGAUGGAUUAUGCACCAGUCUUUGAAAGUUUGAAGAUGUUUAUUCCAACUGCAUUGGCAAAUCUCCUGGAUGUAUCCCCAAGCUUCAUCAGAUUCAUUGU